CAGAGCACAGUGUCAUUAGGGGAAUUGGUCCUCGUGGCGAGAGAGUGAAUCUGUGCCAUCUGACGCUCAGGGAUUUAUGGGUUUAGUCAAAAUUGCUUUUGCCGGCGUGGAGAUUAGUGUGUGUGUGAUGUUGCGAGGCGAUGUCCGCAGGCGAAGCGCUGAGGGGAAUGUGAGCGCUGAAGAUGUGCAGCAUGCAGCUGGAGACGGUGCUCGUGUUCAUGUGUGUGUGUCUGCUGGGAGCGGCCGGGAGAUCCACACACAGGAGAGCACACCGAGCCGACGGCUUCAAGCAGAGCAGAUUACGGAGAGAAACCACACGAGUGGAUGGAGGAAGCCACAAGUCUGGCAGCCCGAUCUUCAGAAGAAGUCCAGACAUGACAAAGUCUCCAAUAACCAAGUCAGAGCAGCUGUUGAGGAUAGAUGACCAUGACUUUACAAUGAGACCCGCGUUUGGAGGACCUCCGAUCCCCGUCGGAGUGGAUGUGCAGGUGGAGAGCCUCGACACCAUCUCUGAGGUGGACAUGGACUUUACGAUGACACUGUAUUUGAGGCAUUACUGGAAAGACGAGCGCUUGUCCUUCCCGAGCACCAACAACCAGAGCAUGACGUUCGACAGCCGGCUGGUGAAGAAGAUCUGGGUGCCCGACAUGUUCUUCGUCCACUCCAAAAGAUCCUUCAUCCACGACACAACCACGGACAACGUGAUGUUACGAGUGCAACCAGACGGCAACGUCCUCUACAGUCUGAGAGUGACCGUCACUGCCAUGUGUAACAUGGACCUGAGCCGAUUCCCCCUGGACACGCAGACGUGCUCACUGGAGAUCGAGAGCUAUGCGUACACUGACGACGAUCUCAUGCUUUACUGGAAGAAGGGCAACGAGUCGUUGAACACAGACGACAGGAUUUCUCUGUCCCAGUUCCUCAUCCAGAAGUUCCACACCACAACUAAACUAGCGUUCUACAGCAGCACAGGCUGGUAUAAUCGGCUCUACAUACACUUCACUCUCCGGCGGCACAUCUUCUUCUUCCUGCUGCAGACGUACUUCCCAGCGACGCUGAUGGUCAUGCUGUCCUGGGUGUCGUUCUGGAUCGACCGCAGAGCUGUGCCUGCAAGAGUUCCUCUCGGCAUCACGACAGUUCUUACGAUGUCCACCAUCAUCACCGGAGUCAAUGCCUCCAUGCCCAGAGUCUCCUACAUCAAAGCAGUGGACAUUUACCUGUGGGUCAGCUUCGUCUUCGUCUUCCUCUCUGUCAUCGAGUACGCUGCCGUCAACUACCUGACCACCGUACAGGAGCGGCGAGAGAGGAAACUCAGGAAUCAAUUGCCUUGCACAUGUGGAAUAGCAAACCCAGACGAGGACAUGAUGAUGACCACAUGCUACAGCGGCGUGGAUCCCAACACAACCGGGACCUACGGGAUGCCGGAGAACGGCGGGAGGCAGGAGAGGAUCUUGGCCCAGCUUACCCUCGCCGACGGUCAGAGUACGAGUCGGGUCAGAACCUCACGGGGCUACGUCAACAUCUGGAUAGACACUCAUGCCAUAGACAAGUACUCACGAGUGGUCUUUCCCGGCGCGUACACCCUCUUUAACAUCAUCUACUGGUCCAUCUACUCCUAACUGGACCCGUCCAGCCCAGCGGCUCAGAGAACGCUGAACGACUGGACACUGGGUCUCUCCGCCUUCAUGAUCCAGUGUCUCCAACGC